AGAACAUAAUUUUUUUUUUAUUGUUCAGCCAGUCGUCUUAAUUUUACUAAGCUCAGCCGACGUUAAACUUGACUAGCGCUUGCUCCUUUUACCAUGCCUCCUCCAGCGAAUGGUGGGCCUGCUGCCAUGUUCAAUCAUCACUUUAAUCACUAUCUCUCGAUUUUACCUCUGGCCACAGUUGUUACACUGACCGUAGCGGUGACUUUGGGGCUGGUCGACUUUAUUUUCUGGCUAGUGGAUUCGCGACGAUUAGUAACUUUGUUGGAUUUGUCGUAUAACAGUGUACGCCACAGCUUCCAAGUAUAUCGACUCUUCACCUACCCGAUCGUCACCCCGUCUUUAUCACUGCUGAUCACCAACCUAUUGUUCUUGAUCCCAUCUCUUCUCCAGUUUGAAAGCACGCAUGGAACGGUACCGACAUUGUGGAUGUUGUUCACGGUAUGCACUGUACUCCCUGCUAUAGGGUACUUAAUAUGUGCAGCACUGUUGUACACGUCGUUCAUCGAUCCUUGGCGUUGUGCGGGGCUUUCUGGAUGGGCCAUUGGGCUCUCGGUGUGGACGGCAGUCGAUGAGAACAGAAGUGGCGAGGCACCAGAUCGGAUGCUAUUUGGCGUUUUGCGGAUUCCUAGUAAAUAUCUGCCGCUCGUGGUAUUCGUAUUCUACACGCUAUUAGUGCCAGGGUCAUCUCUCAUUUUGCAUAGUCUGGUGGCAGGCAUUUCAUACUUAUUGGCGACAAGGCGCUCACAGCUGACUCCAUCUACUGAUUCGUACCAGUGGCUUGAAGCCCGUCAAAGUCUAGGGCCGAUAGUGAAUGCACGUGGAUUUGUGAGUGUGCAGCAAGAUAGAACGUUCCUUCCGAUCUUCCAGCGGUCUUAUGUGGAAGAACCAGUGGAUUCAUCCAGCCCUGCCCCAACCGCUUCUCCAUCCACGUUCCCUGGUCAAGGUCAACGGCUUGGAGGGUAAAACACAAAGAACAAUAAAGUUUUUAUUUACUCUUGAAGGCAUUAGACGAAACGUUCAUAUGCGUCGGUGUCACAAACAUGACGUUCUUGCAAUCUUCGGAUGCCUAUAUUU